AUGGCGGCUAAAACCGAAGAUGGACAGAAAAAGAGUCGGCUGGAUUGGCGUAAAGAAAAAGAGUUAGAGGAAGCGAGAAAGGCUGGUACGGCACCAGCACUGACGGACGAAGAAGGAAAGUAAGUUGUCUUUAUUAAUUGUUGUAUUUUUGUAACUUGGCAAUCCUUUGAUAUGUCCAUGGAAAUGAUAUAUUUGGAGAAACAAAUGUGUGCAGAUGUACAAUUCGAAUGACUGUACUUUUGUUUCAUUUUUAAGGUUAGAAUAGUAUGGAAGUUAUAAUUUAUAAUUUACACAAUCCAUGAAUCUGUGGUUUAAUAGAAACGAUACGAGAGCUUUUCAUGAUCAACAAUUGUGUACGUACGUCAGUACACAGCUUAAUUUGAAUCUUCACAUUUCACCUACGCUAUAGUGAUCAAUAUCAGUAUGUGGGCAACUGCCCACCUACCCCUCCUCCCCCUCCCCUAACCCAACAUUAACCCUAACUUGUUAUCAAUUGACUGUUGUUGAGUUAGGGGAGGGGUAGGCGGGCAGUUGCCCAGAUACUGAUAUUGAUCCCAUUAUGCUUAUACGUUUCUUUUUACUCAUUACCUGAUAUAAGAGGACUGAUAUAUUCUCAAAACAAGAAAAGAAAGGAAUCUGUAUCUUGAUGGUUGACUCCAAACAUGGGUUAUUGCAUUGGUAUUGUGCAAUUCACAAUACAAAUAUUACCUUGUAAUGCUGUUAGGCCAGCUAUGCAGGUAUUUCCCAUGAAGGACUUCUGAAAAGAUGGACCUCUGUGGCAUUGUAUUCCAUAUUUGCUCCAUUUUUUGUUGCUUUCUAAUUCAGGGUAUGCUUGUUUUCACUACUCUGAUAAUGGAUUACAUCUCUCAGUUAGUACAUACAUGGCUUACGAUUGGUCAAUUUAGUAGGCCUUACUUGUAUUUCACUCUAUAGUAUGCUCUAUAUAACCCUUUAACUCCCAGAAGGGAUUUACAUGUGACUUCUCCCUUUUGCAUCUAUACAUUAAUGAGCAAAUAGUUAAUGAGAAUACUCAAACUUAUCAGGUACAAGAUGUUAUCCAAUUUACAAACAAAUGUGUAGGAGCUAGGGGAGAGAAUUAACAAUCAGAUCUGGGAAGUUAAAGGGUUAAAAGUGUGUUUGAGUUGAAAUCUUCUUCCUCUACCUGAAGCCAAAGAUAAUAAACUUCAUAGUAACCUGAAUUUCUUGAACUGUAUUUUAAGUUACAAAAACAUGUAUUUUUCACUCAGAUUUAUAGCCCUUACACCUUGCACAUGGGCCAUGAAUCCAAGUGGAAAAAACUUGGUCCAUAACUUACAGCAUGGAUCUCAAACUCGGUUAAUAGGGGGGAGUUAAAUUUUUUAUUUGCUUGCUCUUUAGGGAUAUCAAUCCUCAUAUUCCACAGUAUAUCUCACAAGCUCCCUGGUAUUAUGGCACUUCAAGGUAAGGACUAAGAUUGAUUAAUUUUCUUUAAUUCUCCCAGGAUACACAGUGUUUAGUUAGCUUAGGUAAUUGUUAUAUUUUUAAAACUUUGAUACUCUUUGGCCUCUACUUGUAAAUUGUUUUUUCAUUUCUAGUGUGAGUAUAAUACUUGAGGAUUGACUAUUUUGAUCAAUUCUUUUUAUUUCACUAUUUUUUAAUUAAAUAAAUUUAAUUUGACCUGUGGAUGAAAAUCAAGCAAAGAGAUGAUCCUGGCAGGUGGACUUUGGUGGAAGAAAAGAGGCUCAGAAAAAGUCAGGCUUUGAUGGGAUUUAAAGCGCUAGCACUCUCAGAUUCUUGUUGGGAACUAAUACAAAAAAAGUACCACAAAACCACACUUUAGGAGCAAGGCAACUUUUUGAGGGUUUUAUUUUCCUUACUUAAACAUUUAUAGCCAUUCAGCUCAGCCAAUUUUCUUUAAUUUAAAAAUUGACCAAUAUUUUAGGCAAACAUCUUUUGUUUUUGGUGAGUUACAGUAAUUAAUUUGCUAUAUUUUCAUUUUAGACCAACUUUAAAGCAUCAACGUCCACAAGAAGAAAAGCAAAAGCAAUUUUCAGGGAUAACUGAGUGGUACAAAAGAGGGACUGAUGUAGUAAGUGUCAUUAACCUUUUUAAGAUGAAGAAGUCAAUUUGAUUUUGAUCACAGUGGUUAAAAGUUAGUAUUAUUUAAAUUUUCCUAGAUACCAGCAGCUACCAAGUUCAGAAAGGGAGCCUGUCAAAACUGUGGAGCCAUGACUCAUAAAAAGAAAGACUGUCUUGAGGUACACAUGUUGUACAAAACAUUAAGUUCUUAUAAAUAAAAUGAGCAAUUAUGUCUAUUUGAUGGUUAGUACCCUUUUAUGUUUGAGUAAAGGUUAAAACCUUGUUUACUUAACCCUUUCACUCCCAAGAUCUGAUUAGUAAUUCUCCUUACUAUCUGCCAUACAAUUCUUAUGAUGUUAGUUCAGAGAAUUUGGUAUUGGAUCAACCAAUAAUCACAUGGUUGAUAUUUUUCUCUAUUCUCAUCACCUGCCUGCUUGAUAUUGUAUUGAUAUUGUAAGGAGAAAUUCUGUCCUGGUCACUUGUGGAAGUGAAAGGGUUAACACAUAAACCCCUAGGAUUGAGUAGCAUCUAAUUUCUCCUCACAGUAUCACCCCUGAAUCAAACGCUAAGGUUGUGAGAAUAAAGGAAUAAUCAACAACUGAAACAGCUCUUGAUUGUUAACCAAAUUCUCAAUGUCAGCACCUUAGGAAAUGUAUAGAGAACAGUGUGGAGAAUAUGCAUUCUGAUAUAAGGGUGUUGAGGGUUGAACCAUCAACUUGAAAGUGUAUGAAAUGAAUUCAGUUCAGCAGAGUUUGAGUAAACGAACAGUAAUUGUCUCAAAGGGUACUUUGAGGUAUUUGAAAUAGCUCUAAGUUCAAGUUUGCCAAGAAGUUCUAGGUCAUUUAGUUUGGGUCAGUAAAGUUCUACUGUAACAGUGAAGUCUGUACACAGAUUCAACUGGCUGAAAUUAGUAGCCUUACAAGUUCAUUAGAUCUAGUGACAACAAAGAAUUACUGAUUUUUUUUUUAUGUCAGAGACCCAGAAGAGUUGGUGCUAAGUUCAGUGGAGAGGAUAUUAAAGUUGAUGAACACAUACAGCCUCAGCUUUCAUUUGAUUACGAUGGUAAAAGAGAUAGGUAAAAAUGCAUUUCUUUCAACUUUUUUUUUUCAUUUUUUUCACACAAUUUCUUUUUCAUUUUUCUCUUUUGUUCUCUCCUAUUACUUUCUCUUCCUAAAUUAACUACUUAUCAUACUUUCUGGCCUAAUUUCAAGUGAGGUGGCUCAAAAGUGGUGUCUCAAAGAAGGCACUUUGUGCUUUCUAUUGUUUGGUGAAGGGGGGAGGGGGUUUGCAAUGCUUUAAAUCUGGGGCUACUAACCUUCCUCUUUGUGGAUGCAAGGAAUGGAAGAAGUUGCAAUAAACAAGUGCUACAAAUUUCACCAGCAGCCAGUGCUCAGCAACAACCCUAAACAUCCCUUAAAGGCAUGUUUAGGGUUGUUACUGAGCACGUAACAUGCACAGUCCAUUCACAAGUUUGUGAUUGGACUGUGCAUGUCACGUUUUUGUUCUGUGAUAUAAAGUUCUAGUUUAGGGUUAUUUUCUUUCAUAAUAACAACCAUCUGGUAUUUUUCAUUUAUGUAUGUAUGAAACCAGCGGCUAAUUAGUUAAUUUUGUCAUAGUGUGACUCUUGUAGUGCUUCUUGUUGUCUAAAAAGUAAAGCCUUGAUACAAGCCCCAAGUGGCCCACGGGGCUGGCGCUUCACUCCAGUUUCCUUUAGCACAAAGCGGUUGGAUGGGAUGCUAGUCCAUUGCAGGGUUACCCCCAGCAUUUUUGCCAGUACCCAUUUGUACACCUGGGUGAAAAGAAGCAUUGUGAGAGUAACGUGUCUUGCCUAAGAACACAACACAAUGACUCCAGCUAAGGCUCAAACCUGGACCACUCGAUCUGGAGUCAAGUGCACUAACCAUGAGGCCAACAAGUUGUUGUCUAGCUAUGCCUUUAAUCAUUCCAACUUCACAGUAGUUUUAUGUUGUUACUCAACUGCCUGGUUAUAAGUGGAAUUAUUUCUCUUAUCAGUUUCAUUAGCUUUAUUAGCUUGUGACUAAUGACAAUUCUUCUUUGUAUUUAGAUGGAAUGGUUAUAAUGUUCAGGACUAUAAGAAAGUUGUUGACGAAUAUAACAAAUUAGAGAUGGUAGGUUUUCACUUACCUUAUUCUUUGUCAUUCUGUUAGAUUUAAGGUCAUUCCAUAUUAUUGCAUCAUCCUUUUUGCUCAUUAAUUCAUGUGCAACUAGCUUGCGCAUUUUAAAAAAAGUGAUGGCUUUUGUCUAUGAUUGGAGCUCAUCUGGGAGGUGAAUUUUCAUUUUCUUGCCCAAAAGCAGGAUGACCUAUAUGAAAGAAGCUUUUUCAUUUAGAUAACACAAUUUGAACAUAAAAUGUUUGGAAUAUUUUUUGUUUUCUUUUGGAAUUGAGCAAUGAUUUUCUUUUGGUAAAGUAGAUACAAACCAAUUCUGAGUGUAGAAAAAGGAGCAAGUUUUGGAAACACAAAUUUAGUUGGUAUUUGUUAAAACAUAAUUUAAUGCAUGUAAUAUCUUUGCGUUCAGGCCAAACAGCAUUUAAAAGCAGAGAGACUGGAAGAGGAACUAGCAGAAGGAAAAAAAACAGAAAUUGUGGUAAAAUCUUGCUAACUUAAAGAUUUUAAAGUUGAUGAACAGACGAAACUCUUAUGUGAAACUGUUUUCAAGAUUAUGCAUUUGUAUUCUUUUGUAAUUCUUUGGAAUUGUUUGCAGGAUGACCCAGACAGUGAAGAUGAAGAUAAGUACGCAGACAGGGCUGACAUGCCGGGACAAAAAUUUGAUACAAAAAGGUGAAUUUUCACCUGUCUUGUGCAUGAAUUAAAUAAACAUGAUACUGCUUUGAUACUACAAUUGCUAAAUGAUGAACACAUGAAACUAAAGCCCUUCUGACACACUCUCAAUUUUGUAACACAAUUUCUAUAACUGUGUACUGCUGUGCAAUCAAGUCUGGAAUAUUGAACCUCUUGAUCUUUUAAGUGGAUUGCCAGCCAGGCAGUCAGUUAGGUGUUGUUGCAUUGUGGUAUCAUUUCAUUUUUUAUGCAUUGAGAAUCUGCAGGGUGUCUAAUAUUUGCAAUGUAUAUGUGGUUUCAGUUCUAAUCUAUUUUUGCUCCAUCAUCAGACGAACAACAGUCAGGAACUUAAGAAUCCGUGAAGACACUGCAAAGGUAUGUGAUUCCACAAUAUGUUGUGUUUUAAUGUUUUUGUUGUUGUUGUUGUUUAAACAUUUCAAACUAGUUUGAUCCUUAUUUUCUUUUGUGUUGUAUUCUGUAUCAAUCAGAGACAAAAAAAAAAUGAAAAUCAAAGUUGUUUGAAUAACUUUAAAUCAAGGAAAGAAAGAUUUGUACCACAACAUACCUAUGUUGCAAUUAGGUUAUAUUUAUGGUAACUUUAUUCCUUUGCAAACUUUUGAUGCUGAAAGUAAGUAAUCAUUUCUCUUGUUUCAAUUUUGAUUAGUAUUUAUACAACCUGGACCCCAACUCAGCAUAUUAUGAUCCAAAGACAAGAUCAAUGAGAGAAAACCCUUUCAAGGAAACAGAUGCAACUGCAAACAAGUGAGGAUUUUUCACUUUCUUUGUGAGAAUGUUUAUCAUAGUGGUUGAAGGCUUUUUCUUGCUAGGUACUAAAUAAGAAAAGUGUGGUUGAAUUUCUAACUCUUUCUUUCAUCAGACAUCAUUAGUAAUUCUUGCUGUUUACCAUACAAUCCCUAUAAUUUUUAGUCACAAGAAUUUAUCAUUGGACCAACUAAUAUACCAGCCUCUAACUGAUGUAUUUGUUUCCCCAUCAUUUGUCUGCUUGAUAUUAUAUUGAUUUUUUUUAAGGAGAAAUUCGCUCUUAGUCACUUAUGGGAGUUAAAGGUUACGUGAGCAUGGUGCUGGCUCUGUUGAGAAAGAAAACUGACAGAGCAAAGUUUUUGCAUAACUAUAAUUGUUAAUGUAAGAUGCUCUGAAUUUUUCCUUUUCAAGUGUCACCUACUCUGGGGAUAACUUUGUUCGAUUUUCUGGAGACACACAGAAGAUGGCUCAAACACAGUGUAAGUCUAUGUAUUUGUGGGUCACCACUAUUUACAAAAGAUUUGGGUACACCUAAUAACUUGCAUUCUUUUGUGUUUACCAGUAUUUGCUUGGGAGGCAUAUGAGAAGGGAGCUGAUGUCCAUCUUCAGGCAGAUCCCACCAAACUUGAGCUGUUACACCAAGAGUACAGAGUAAAGAAAGGUGACUUUGAACAAGACAAGAAGCUUACAGUACUUGAGAAGGUGAGAAUCCUUUAGAACAGUUGUACAUUAGAGAGGUCUUAUAAUCUUUACACAGUUAACAUAAUCCUUAAAUUGCACUACGUAUUUCUAAAUACAUUGAUCAUUGAUAGUGUAAGCUAUGUCAGUGUAUUAUAACUAAAAAUAUAUUACUUUGUUUUUUUCCUUAGUAUGGAGGUGAAGAACACUUGAAUGCUCCUCCCAAAGACUUGUUGUUGGCUCAAACUGUAAGUGUUAUUAGCAUUGAAAGUGUACUGUAGUAGGCAGUGUUUCUUGUUGCAUGGUACAUUGUGAUUAAUUGUAUUAAAAAUUGAUAAACUCUGUAUGUAUUAUUUCUUAUUGAAUUGUUUGAAAAUAAUGCCAUUUUCAGGAGCAUUAUGUGGAGUACUCAAGAACUGGAAAGGUCAUUAAAGGUAACACAGCUGUAUUAAUAAAUUCAUUCUCCCUUUAAGAUCAAUUUGCCUUUGAGUGUUAAAGGCAAUCAAGGAUUACAUUGGUUUGCUUUUCUUUACUCUGCGAUUGGUCCAGAAAACUCGUGCCAAUCUCUCAACCGAUCAAUUACUGUGUUUGAAAUUGUUCCUUGCAGGUCAAGAGAAGGCAGUUGCAAAGUCCAAAUAUGAAGAGGAUGUGUACACAAACAAUCACACAGUGAGAAUUGAGAACAUGAAAAUGACAACAUGAUAUUAGUAUUGCAGUUUUGAUAAUCAGUACUAUUUUAGUCGGUAAUCAUUUAUUAAUUAAAAAUGUGGUAUACUCCACAUCAGUGUGUGCUACCUUGCUUGUUUUGUAUGCUAUAGCUUGUUUUCUUAGUCCAAGUCUGCCUCUCUUUUCAGAGUGUUUGGGGUUCAUACUGGCAGGAAGGAAGAUGGGGCUAUGCUUGUUGUCAUUCUUUUGUCAGAAAUUCCUACUGCACUGGGGAAUCUGGUAAAGCUUCAUCUGCAACAGGGGUAUGAUAAAAAUUAAUUCAGUCUGCAAAAUAAACCAUAAGGCAAUAAUAUAUCUGAGUUUGUAGUUUAAACAGUGUACUGCAUAUUUAAUUUCAAAUUUAUCUCUAAAUUCCCGUGCUGUCCACAGAAUAAUCCACCAAUUACAAGUGCAGCAAGAAUGAUUCAAGAAGCAGAAGAAAAUGGGAAAACAUUACUUGAGGUUAGUUGAGAUGUCACCAGGUAGCCUACACUUUACCUAGUGAGAAAGCCACUUUUCCUUUUGUUUUUGUUGAUUCAUUCUAAAAAAAGAAAAGCUUGUGUUGAAGGAUGCUGGAUUCUUGAGUUAAAAGCUAUGGUUUACAGCUCCUGGUUCACUUGUGACUUAGGAAUCCAAAUGAUGUCUGUCAAGGGGGCUGCUGUUGUUGUAAUGGGUAGAAAAUUGUCUUCAAAUGUGCAUUGAAUUUGGUUUAUGGAUGCCACCAUCUGAAAGCAACUCAGAAAGUGACUACAAAACCAUAACAUGCAGUUCGCAAGCAGCUGUAGCUUUGGCUAUUGAAAGAAUUAUUAUUAUUUUUGUGUAGCUAGUUAACUAUUGGUUCAUAUGUCAGUGUGCGUUCAUUGAGAUAUGAAGCACAGCUUUUGAGAGAUUUGCUGAUGUCAUGAGCGUGCACAAUAGGAUUUAUGAAGCACGCUCGCGCAGUUGAAUUUGAUUAGACAAAUCUACUAGCUAUGCUAUAAUAGUUAUUGAAACAUAUGAACACCAAGGAUGGGAAAAGAGUAGUGGGAAAUAUUUACAUCUCAGGUCAACAGCCAUGUUUCAAAGCAAGAUUCAUAAUAGUGCCAUCUGUGUAAGAAACUUGGCAAUUUUGAAGACAAUUUUUGAAUUAUUAAAUUUCUAUGUCCAGUCUAAAAAUGGACUUAGUAUCACAUUUUCAUAGAAAUGAUAAACAAAACUUUUUAAAAGAAGUGGUGUCUGAAAUGUAGGUACCCCUCCUCUAAUGGUGGAUAAGACUCUUAGCUGUAAGACACAGUUUUUUUUAUCAAUGUCAAACUUCCCCCAGCAUGCAUUCAAUGGUAAUAUACGAGAUUAUAUGGAGGAGGAACUUUUAUGCGUAAAGUCAAGGUAAAGGAUGUUAAAAAAAAAAAAUUUUUUUCUGCAGCUGACAUUCUAAAUAUUCAUUUGGAUUCCUUAAUUUUAGCUUCAUCAAGAAAAUCGCAAGAAGGGUAAGAAAAGAGAAAAGUCAGUUGAUGAAGAUGAUGAGGAAGUUAAAAAGGAAAAGCUAAACAAGGUUUGUUGACAACGAGGCACUUUAUUAUUGGGGUUUUAAACAUAGUAGUUUUAGAAGACUAGGUAAAGUAUAGAUCCUUUGCCAUAGCUAUCAAAGCUUUCCUCAAUGAGGACACUUUGAUAAGCAUUUUGUAUUAUUUCAUAUUCCGUCUGUUUCUUAACAAUACUGGGAGUGGCAUUUAACAAGUAGAUCUUUCCUUUGCCAGGCACUAAGAAAAGAGGAACGGAACCAGAAAGAAGCAGACAGACUACUCGCCAUGGAUGAACGAAAGAGACCAUACAACUCUCUCAAAGGUGAUUACCACGAGGUUACUGAGGAGGAGAUGGAAGCAUAUCGCAUGAAGCGUCGCCAGGAAGAUGAUCCAAUGAAGGACUUCCUUUAACCCACAUUGCAAUAAACAGGGUGCCAUAGAGAAGGCUAAACGGUGACUUGACAUCUUCCAAGCAAAAGAUUAUGUGCUUUACCUUGACUCAAACAGUGUCAGUGAGUUCUAAGAUCAACUUGCAACAGCAGUCACAUAAUGCUUAGUCAUAAGGAUACUUCAGCAGAUGGAAAGACUCUAACUUGUAGCUAAUAAUUCAAGUCCCUCACUUUUUUUCUGUCCAAUUAAAACUUUAAGAAAUGAGGGUGAGACUUUAGAAAAUUAUGCAGAAUCUAAGACAGAAAUCUAGAAAAAAUAGGGUCUGGGAGAGCUGAGAGAUGUACUUCUCUAAUAGGCCAUUCACCACUCUGGAGAGUAAAUGAUGACUUGUCUUGCUUUGCAUGCAAAUAUACAUAGCUGUGAACAGAACUUCAUUGUGUGGUCCUUAAAGAAUUGUACAGAGACACCUGGAAUAACUGUUAAGUGAUGAUUCAUGAUGUGUAUGUUGUAUGUUGGCAGCUCUAACAGGAAAUCAAAGAGACAAGAGAACAUUUUUGUUAAUCCUUCAUUUGUACUGGUAAAAAAAAAACACUCCUGUAAAUAAACAAUAGUUCCAAGGAGUAAUAAUAUGCUUUUAUGCACCUGAACUUUGCCUUCAGUUUGAAUAAUGCUUUGACUCAGUGGUGGAACAUUGGAGCAUCAAACCAAAGGUCUGAGGUUUGAUUCCUUACAGGGACUCAGAAUUUUUUCUUUGUCCCAUGCUUGUGACAAGAUGAAAAAACAUCUUUUGCAAAGUCAUUUUU